UGGACCGCGCCGCGGAAGCCCGGCAGCCUGAGCGCUGACACGGGAGCAGGUUGCCCGCCGCUCGCUUCUCCUCCUCCUCCUCCUCCUCCUCCUCCUCCUGCCGCAUGUCUCGCGGACAGAACCUCGAGUGAGACGACCAAAACACAAGACAAGAGUUUAUUUAUUUUCAUCUCGGCUGUACUCGUGUGCUCUCGGCGCCCUCCACCCCCUCCACCCACCCCCCAUUCCCCCUUGACCAAUGGCUUCCAACUUUAACGACAUAGUGAAACAGGGAUACGUGAGGAUACGGAGUAAGAAACUGGGGAUCUUCCGAAGAUGUUGGCUUGUAUUCAAAAAGGCAUCCAGUAAAGGGCCACGGCGCUUGGAGAAGUAUCCUGACGAGAAGGCCGCCUACUUCAGGAGUUUUCACAAGAUCACUGAGCUCCAUAAUAUCAAGAACAUUAGCAGGAUGCCAAGAGAGACCAAGAAGCACGCUGUGGCCAUCAUCUUCUGUGACGACACAUCCAAGACAUUUGCCUGCGAAUCAGAGCUGGAUGCGGAGGAAUGGUGCAAACUGCUGAGUGUGGAGUGCCUGGGCAGCCGUCUCAACGACAUCAGCCUGGGCGAGCCAGAUUUGUUAGCAGCGGGGGUGCAGCGGGAACAGAACGAGCGUUUCAACGUGUACCUAAUGCCCACCCCGAACCUGGACAUCUACGGGGAGUGCACCAUGCAGAUCACCCAUGAGAACAUCUACCUGUGGGACAUCCACAACGCGCGCCUGAAACUCGUCAUGUGGCCUCUCAGCUCACUCCGCAGAUACGGCCGAGACUCCACCUGGUUCACAUUUGAGUCCGGAAGGAUGUGCGACACAGGCGAGGGCUUGUUCACGUUCCAGACACGAGAGGGAGAGAUGAUCUACCAGCGCGUCCACUCGGCCACUCUGGCCAUUGCACAGCAGCAUGAGAGGAUGAUGGAGGAAAUGGAGAAAAGCUGCCAGGUGCGCUCUUCAGAGACGCUCAGCAAGUCCAUCUCGCUUCCCCGCAGCGCUUACUGGCAGCACAUCACGCGGCAGAACAGCGUGGGAGAUCUCUACAGUUACCAAGCGAGUAGCAUGCCGAUGACAUUUAUUCCUCGAGCGCAGACCUUCCCCAACUUCCUGUCCCACGAGCCCCGACGGGAAGCGGAAGAGAAAGAGGAAGAAGGGAAGGGGUGUCAGGAAGAGGCGUCGUCGCCCUCUAGUGGCCGAGCGGCUUCUUGCAGCCUGAGGCCGCUUCAAUGACGACAGUGGACUUGACUGAGGACACUUGGAGCCGAGCUCCACUGUAGACACCACGUACAACUGUGUGUAUUUAUAUGGCGUCUCUUCCCGGUUUGUUUUGUAUGUUGUGUGACAGCAGAAGUAGCGUCUUAAACUAAAGGCACCAGACCAGAGUUUAUAUGAAUGUCCUUUUUCAUGUUGGCAAAGGAGAGGCUCAAAUCAUCAUUCAAGCCACUUAUCCCUUUUUGUCGCUCUGCCUCCAUGACAUGUUAGGAUUUACUAUAAUGAGGACCAAUCUGUGACAACGUGACACGACAUCACGGUGAAACGUCCAGCGGAACACCUUAUUAAAGCUGACACAUCAGACUCAUUACACUAUAUUUAAGUUAUACUAAUGCUCCAUUGUGACACUAUUAGCGAGGUAUUUAUUAUUGUGAUUGUAGUUUGGGUUGCAUCAUAUUCCCGGUCCACUGAUGAUUUACAUUUUCAAGAGAAAUAUUUGUUGCAUUAAUUUAGCCUUUUUCACCUAAAAUGUGUUACUUAAAAUGUAUGCAUUUUUGUCACCAUUUACUCAUAAAAUGUGUCAUUAAUGUAUAAUAAAUACAAAUAUGAAUAAAAUACUUAAGAAUUAAUCAAAAUUAAGAAUUUUUUUAUUAUUAAAAUAAAAAUUUGACGUCUUAAAAUAUUUUAGAAUCGAUUGUAACUUUUGUUUUUCUUUUCCAAUCAGCAUGAAGUUUGCCUAGCCCUACUCAAAGUUUUUUUCCCCCAAGUAUUUUAGCCCCACUUAUGAGAAACGCUAAUUAGAAAUAUUCAAAACACAACUGGAAAGGUUUUUUUCCUCCCUUAUAUAAUUUCAAUUUUAAAAUCUUACUAAUGAUAAUAUAAAAUGUUCCAGUGUAGCUUUUUGCUCUGGCACUCGGGAACAAUUUGAACAAAAAAAAACUUUUGUUGAGUUAGACUUGUAUCCUAAUUAAAACUAAAAUUGGCAUGCUGAUUCCAAAAUUGCAGUCAGUUUUUUUUUUCUAGUACGUCAAGCAAAAUCCCACUGAUUAGCUGACUUGCCAGCUGAUUACAAUUGGACUCAUCUACAGCUACGUGACAACUUGUUCGUGCAGUCACAAUUGAGACAGUGCGGGUAGAGGUGUGUGCAGCUCCCAAUAGGUCAGUACUCUCAAUAUCUGCAAACAGAAAGCUAGCAUAGUAGGAAUUAAGAGGAUCUGUGCAGGCUUUUCUCUUAACCUUGUAACCAUGGGCAUACCGUUGUAAGUUCUAUUUCGUUUUAUGCUGGGUUUUUUUUUUUUUAGUCUUCAAAGGUUGUAACUAUCUCAUCUUAGUGUUUUAUCUACAUUGGUUUGUAUUUCCUUUAUUCUCACUUUGUUCAAAAACUUGACAUGGUAGAGAAAAACUGAUUGGAUUCCACACCCAAAAAUGUGUUAAAACAGCUGUCAGACCUACCUCAACAAAAAUUGUGUUCCCCAGUGGAUAUGACAUUAAUUAACAAGAUGUAGAUUUACAGUCUUUUUUUUCAUCUUAGUUUUGUUGACAUUUUUUUUUCCAAUGGAUAUGGGAAAAAAAAAAACUACCAAUAAUGAUAGAAAUGCAACACAACAAUACAAAUUUAUCUUGAUGAGGCAGCCUAGUAAAAUCAAAAUAGAAAAUGUAAAAUGAAAUUGUCCGACCCCGUUUACAGGAAUGUUAUUGAUUUUAGACCCCCCCCCCCCCCCUUUCCAUUUUCUGUGCUCAUGUAAGAAGUGCCUUCUGACCCACUGAGACCUCUUGUAAACGUCUUGUGGUUUGUUUUAGUGUACACGAAAAUUAGCGCUGUCUGGCCUAUAACGUACCUGCUGGCACAUUCAUAUCUUUAGUGCAAAAUCCAGAAAUGAUGACAUCAUGACAAGAUUUUCAGUCCUUUGCUGGCAAUUUAUUUGAAUGUUAUUUAGUUUGUGUAGACACAAAGCCUGUAGGACUUGAUAGAAAUGUACAAGCACUUAAUUGUGCCACAGUUCCCACCCCAUGUGUCACUUUAUUGUGUGUGUGUGUGUGUUUUAUUUAAGAAAAUCUAUAGAUGUCAUGUUUGUUUUGUGUGGUCAGAAUACAUCAAUAGCACUUUCAUUAUGUUGCAGUUUUCACUCAAUGUAAAUAUGUUUUUUGACAACAGAGGUAAUAAACUUGAAUGUUCUCUCAUGUAG